UCUGGACGUGCAGCCCAUUCGUCGUGUGCUAUACGCUCGAUCCAUCCUUCACGCAAUCUCGUGUUGAACGAUCAGCCAUCAAUUUUGUCGAGCGGCAAAGUCGCGUUCGUCUUGAAGAUUCUUUUCCAUCUGUCAAACUUCCGAGCAGCAACUCGUCGAGCCGAUGCUCUACGUAUGCAGGCAAAAGUCUGCGUUCUGUGCGUUGUCUUCGCCGUGAUCUCGGUCACGUUACCGCUGCGAUGAGAAUCUAUAUCGGAUCCAGACAAGGCCAUCUGCCAGAUUCGAAGUUGACUGUAAAGCUGGUCUUAAAGAGUUAGCUAGACUGUAUGCCAACUACGAUGGUGGAAGUACUACGGAUGGCGACCAUGAGCAGCGGCCAUCAUUUGAGCAGGAUAUCCCAUAGGCAUAUCUACCCUGGAAUGAAACCACUCGCUCAGCGUCAGUCUUCAAGAUGCGUCCGCACGCUUUUCGUUCUUGUGCUCUUCCUUGUGCGAAAGACCCGCGAGGUGUCAGGAGACGCUGCCAGUUUCAGGCGCAUCCCUUUGCUGCUUUGACCGCUACACCACCACCUUGUUCUGCUUCCCGCACCAGCUUGUCUGCGGCUCCCCAAGCCGUGAACAGCAUGUCCUCUGGGAUGGAUGUGGUUGACUUUGCAUCAGGCCCUUUGUCACUCUUGUCACUUGCUGCACCGAUGCCCGCACCUUCGCUCUUGUGUGUCACCAGUGGUCAGGUUGGGAAGGCGCGUGCGGCGAACAGGAGAGCUCGUGCCUUCUUGAUAUCCCCUCGCGCCUGCACUAUUUGUGGGUGGGUGUGUGUAUGUUCGACUUUGUAUUGCUGGCGUGCGACUUGAUUCUGGACAUCCCAAAGUCGCCCUGAUCGAACACGUCGAUUUACUGUCGUAGGCUGUCUACAUGCCACAACUGGCUAUCUCUUCUCUUUCUAGCCCUGAUGGCCGCACGGAUGGGAAGCCUCCCGCUGGAACUGGUCGACUUGAUUUAUUCUUAUGCCGAUGAUGCAUCAAAGCUCGCUCUUCGCCUGACGUGCAAGUCGCUCAACCAAGGCUUGAGAAGGCAGCACGGCGUCAGCAAGCGUCCGAGCAACAGUCUGAACGCAUGUUACUGGAGGCUCGUGAGUCGACAUCUUGACUAUGAGAUCGGCCGCCGCACUUGUGUGGUGUGCGAUCAGCGAUAUGCGGUUGAGACUUUCGACUCUGCCGCACCACCGUCCGUCACCCGGAACAAAUCCGAUCUUGAGUACAUUCUUCGACACGGGUUUGACAGGCUAGGUGGCCCGGGAAUGGUCCCUACAGCGGCAGACAUCUGCCAUCACCAUCGCUCAAGCUUCAUCUAUCUUUAUAACGCGUGCGAGACAUUUCUUAGUCACAUCCAGCACGCUUUGGGCGUAAGGAAAGAUUGGUCGCGCCGUUGGUUUACACGGACUCUGAGUGUGUGCAUGCACUGCAAGUCCUUUGGGCUUGCAUCCGCAUGUCGAGCUCGCAAGCGAUCCUAUCGCUGCUGCAACUGCGACUUCUGUGGUGUCAGGCCUGUCUGCUUUUUCGGCAGGCUGAUGGACUUCGGUGAAAAACCGCCACGCAGGUACGCGGUCGUGCGCGAGAAUGGGCACUUCCUUGUUAAAGAAUGGUACGACGAUGGCUCCGUGUCCGUUUUCCAAGUUCAACACACCUCUGUCGACCCUCCGAUACCUCAACGACGCUUUCUAUAGCUUAGGAUGGGUGAAGUUGAAGCGCUCGCUACCCGCGGGGCGAUAGGAAUACAGUUUAUGCUUGCCCUUUGCCUAUGGCACGGUAUUGUUUGCGAAGGUGUACCUGCAUGAACCAGACAUUCCUCGUCAAGGUGGUACCAGACGUGAAGCAUUCAUUAAGGAGCAUGGAAUUCACAGAAAGCGUACAAAUCGUUCAUCACAAGCUUAAAAAGAGACGGACUUCGUGAAUUCGUCAUGUUUCAAUUCUUGCAUUUUAUCAGCCACGUCCGUGACAGCGCCGAGGGUAUCAUUUCUUUUAACGCCACUAUUGAUAUGGGUAUAUUUGUCUUCGCCUGUUUUUCUGUCUUCCCCAUCAUUCAAUGCUACUCUUUCACAAUUUCCGUCCUAAAGUUCAUAUGUCUUCUGCAGCACACAUAUGGCUUUAUUUUCUGACCUCUCAGGACAAGCUCUUUUCUUAUUCCGCACGGUCAACAUGUGCAACUCCCUAUUCUUCUUUGGUAAGCGGCAGACACGUGGUAUCUAGCAUACUUCAGGUUACCGCAUCGCCUUCUCGCGCGCCUCGCGAUCCAUCUUAGCCUGCAGAGCCCGCCUAUCCAAGUACUGCGCGUACCGCCGUAGCUUCAGGCCCAGCCAGAAUUGCAAAAUCAUGGCCAGCAGAGCGCCCGACACGACACAGCAUUCUACCGCCCAUGACACGCUGCGACACCGCCUGCUGGACAAAAAGCGUUGGGCAACACGUUGAGUCUGGUGUACACGGUAUACUUCGUCAUUGCGUGUGGAGGGAUACGAGGGAGAGCAGAGGAGUGUAGGGAGCGAAAUUGAAAAGUUGAGGAGAAUGACUCUUGGAAUCAGGUACAAGAUUGAAUCGAGCAGAAGGUGGGAGGCGAAGAGCGAAAGCAGGGUCGGAUUGCGCUGCGGUGUAUGUUAGCCAUUUCGGGCGAAUUGACAAGUGACGUCUGGGUGAGAGGCCAACGUGCUCGUGAUGAGCAUCGAAAUCUGAAGGAAAAGAGCAGCGGUAGUACUUGCCGUCCAGGCGCCCACGAAACCUGCAGCGCUGACAAACAGCACAAACACCGAGUAGAUGGUGAAGUUCCUUCGAAGAUGCAGAGGAUCAUUGGGCAUAUACUGAAGGAUAUAGGUAGUGAGAAGUGAGAGGACCAAAGCAAAGG